AUGUCACUUGCACACACAGCUGCAGAGUAUAUGCUCUCAGAUGCCCUACUGCCUGAACGCAGGAGUCCCCGUCUAAAAGGAUUGCGCCUGGAACUGCCCCUGGACCAGAUAGUCAAGUUCCUAAGUGUGGGCUUCCCCUUGUUGCUGAUGUCCCUGGCAUUUGCCCAAGAAUUCUCCUCUGGGUCUCCAAUCAGCUGCUUCUCUCCUAGCAACUUCAGUGUCCGGCAGGCUGCCUUUGUGGACAGUUCCUGCUGGGACUCGCUGGUUCAUCAUGAGCAAGACAAGCAGGGCCACUACAAGACAAAGUCUCUCUGGCCCCACAAGGCUCUCCCCUACUCCCUGCUGGGCCUAGCCAUGGCCAUGUACCUACCAGUUCUGCUAUGGCAGUAUGCAGCCGUGCCAGCCCUCAGCUCAGACCUGCUGUUUAUCAUCAGCGAACUGGACAAAUCCUAUAACCGCUCCAUCCGCUUGGUACAGCAUAUGGUGAAGAUCCGGCAGAAGAGCUCUGAUCCCCAUGGUUUUUGGGAUGAGCUGGAAAAGGCUCGGAGAGAACGAUACUUUGAAUUCCCCUUGCUGGAGCGCUACCUGGCAUGUAAGCAACGUUCACAUUCACUGGUGACGACCUACCUCCUGAGGAACACCCUCCUGCUCCUCCUCACCUCAGCCACCUACCUAUACCUUGGUCACUUCCAUCUAGGUAUCUUCUUCCAGGAGGAAUUCAGCUGUUCCAUCAAGAGAGAACUGCUAAGUGAUGAGGCUCACAUCCCUGAUCUGAUCACCUGCAGGCUGUCCUUCUUGUCUGUUUUCCAGAUUGUUAGCCUCUCCAGUGUAGUAGUAUAUACCUUAUUGGUUCCAGUGAUACUCUACAACCUCACUCGACUGUGCAGCUGGGACAAACACCUCCUGUCCAUCUAUGAGAUGCUCCCAGCUUUUGACCUCCUCAGCAGAAAGAUGCUGGGAUGUCCCAUCAAUGACCUCAACAUGAUCCUUCUUUUCCUCCGAGCCAAUAUCCCUGAGCUAAUUUCUUUUAGCCGGUUGAGUGUGUUGUGUCUGUUAAAGGACACAACCACACAAAAGCACAAUAUUGACACAGUGGUUGAUUUCAUGACAUUAUUGGCUGGCUUAGAACCCUCAAAACCUAAACGCCUCACCCACCAGGUAUGUGAUGAACAUUCAUAGCUAAGAAAACAUGGAGUGGGGAACAUAUGUAAAGGAUCAUUCUUCUUCCUCAUAAGACUCACAAUAUUCCAUAAAAGUGGCACAACAAUUAAGUACUCA